UCCAAUGGACUGGACUGGACUGGAACACGUGUUCCAGUGGACUGGACUAACCCAAGUGACAACCCUGUAAAUGACGCACUUCGGAUUGAGCCAAAAUGCUCUAAUUCUCCUCAAUGGAUAAUUGAUGUUUUCUUUAUAAUAAUCAAAAAUAAGAACUCUUUCCUAUUUGAAUUUAAAGAAAUGUAA